AUGGUAUCCGAACCUCUCCGUAUCGGCGUCCUCCUUGUCAAUUGCGUUCAAUUGCUAGACCUCGCUGCCUUAGACCUGCUUUACAUGGCUAGUCCCGAAUGGCUCGAAGAAAUCGGAAUGCCAAAGCACCUUGCCGAUCUAGGUCGUCCAUGCGAAAUCCACUAUAUCACUCGCGAUGGCCCGGAUAAAAUGGCCUCCGUCACAUCGGACCUUUCCAUCCGCGUCAACAGCACGACGAAGGACUCGGCCGUCGCACCCGGCAAUUUGGACAUUCUCUUCUUACCGGGCCCCUCUCCGCGGGUAAUGCCGCCGGCAGAAGAUUAUCUAGAGUUCGUUCGGAAGCACAAUGUGGUUGAAACGACGAUCAUGACUAUCUGCACUGGAGCACUGGUCGCUGCACACGCGGGCAUUACCAAGGGCAAAGUGGGCACAUCACCUCGGUUCCUAAUUCCAUAUAUGAAGAAGACCUUUCCGGAUACCAAAUUAUGGGAUCAUACACUGCGGGUGACACGCGACGGAAACCUUUGGAUGUGUGGUGGUAUUACCAAUGGUCAUGACUUGGUGGCCGAGUAUCUUCGGGAGAAUUAUCCUGCCCCGCUGGUCAACACAGUCCUCGGUGCUGCAGAUGUUGCCCAGCGUCCUCUUCAAUACCAGACUACGGCAACUCGCGACUCGGCCUUCUUCAUGUGGCAGAUCAUCAGGGCAAUCCCCAGUUCGAUUAUGCGAAUGCUUACCGCUCAUUAA